UGGUUCUAGGCCUCUCAACUCUCUAGCACAUAGGGAAAAGGGCCAAGACGCCCAUGCUAUAUAUUAACUUGGUUUAUUGGGGCUUUAGUGCUUUAAAACCCCCAUUCCCAAUUAUAUAAACUGGAAGCGUCAUCUUUUAAACCCAAAAAAGCGCAUGAGCUCUGAGUUUCUACUACAACAGCUUCAGCGUUUCAUCAAACGCCCAAACCAAAUCAACCAAAUCCAUUCGCUCCUCAUCACCAAUGGUCUCCUCCUCAAUAUUCCCCAAAACACAAGUUCAAAAUGGAAAACCACCCUCAUUUACAACACCUUAAUAAGAGCCUAUCUCAACAUAAAGCCAUUUCAUCGUUCACUUAUACUUUUCACCCGCAUGCUUGGUCAUCAAACACCCCCCAAUGGCCAUACUUUCACUCACCUUUUCAAAGCUGCUUCCACAUCUCUCUCCUUAGCUUCCCUCAUUUGCUCACCCCUCCAUGCACAAGCACUAAAACGUGGCGUAUUGACUGACCCAUUUGUGCAAACAUCAAUGCUCUGGCUUUAUGCUAAACUCGGUAGCCUAUGUAAUGCACGUAAAGUGUUUGAAGAAAUUUUUAACCCUUGCAUUGUCUCGUGUAAUGCAAUGCUUGAUGCUUUUGGGAGAAAUGGUGAUAUGGGUUCUGCGCUCUUCCUCUUUGAAAGGAUGAUUGAGAAGGAUGUGGUGUCUUGGACAAGUGUUAUUAAUGGUUUUGCAAGGAGCAAACAGUUUACAAAGGCAAUUCAGGUUUUUAAGAAGAUGAUAGAUUUUUUGGUGAAACCGAAUGAGGCUACUUAUGUUAACCUUCUCUUUUGUUGUGCUAAUUUAGAAGGCCGAGGUGGUUUUUACCAUGGGAGGCAGAUACAUGGAUAUAUUUUUAGAAACAAGGUUGUUAUGACUGUUUUUAUGGGAACAGCAUUGAUUGAUCUUUAUGGAAAGAAAGGUUGUUUAGAGAUUGCCAUCAGAAUUUUUAAUCAAAUGUUGAAUAGAGAGGUUUGUACUUGGAAUGCAAUGAUCUCUUCGCUUGCAUGUAAUGGCAGAGAAAAGGAAGCUUUGGAUUUGUUCGAGAAGAUGAAGGUAGAGGGAGUGUGUCCGAAUGAGAUUACAUUUGUAGCUGUUCUUACGGCUUGUGCUCGCACCAAGAAAGUGGAGUUGGGUUCAGAAUUCUUUCAAUCAAUGUCGUGUCAAUAUGGCAUUGUGCCAAUAAUGGAGCACUAUGGGUGUAUGGUUGAUCUUUUGGGCAGAGCGGGCCUUUUGACUGAAGCAACUGAGUUUGUGAGGACUAUGCCAUUUCAACCUGAUGCUUCUGUUUCGGGGGCUCUUUUAGGCGCUUUUAAGAUUCAUGGGGCCAUUGAACUUGGAAAUGAAGUGGGUAGAAGGUUGCUUGAGUUGCAGCCACGACGUUGUGGGCUGUAUGUAGCGUUGUCUAACAUAAAUGCUGAUAAGGAGAGAUGGGAUCGUGCAGCUGACUUGAGGAAAGCAAUGGUAGAAGCGGGAAUCAGGAAAGUUCCAGCUUAUAGCUUGAUUGAUUCCAUUUAAAGAUCAGUCCUGUCAAAGCAGAAGAUGUGUCUAAACUAAUCACAUGGAUUCUGAAGUAGCGACAUGCUAAUGGUAAAUAUUCAAAGAUUAGGUAACAAGAAGGACAACUUUCUGAUUGUUGACUGAAGGCAUAGUUUUGUCGGGUUGACAGUAAAAUCAAUUUUCUAAUUUUCUAAUUUGAAAACCCUCGAGAGUUCUGCUCAUUAUGGCAGUGGAAUCCCAUGCGAAACACACUUGGUUAAAUAUGAAAUUCGAGAGUAAAUUUUACUGCUUUUUGGUUUUUCCUUUUUCCUGAUUCGUACUUGAUAAUUAGCUAAUUAAUUACCCCUCAAGUACAAUUACUAGUCCAAAGUACAUUCUUAC